ACUCCUUCAGCAUCAACCCUCUGAAUGCGUGCGUAAAAGGCAAGUUUACCGAAACCGGUUGGCUGGGCGGUGCACACACACACACACACACACACACACGCCGCACGCACACAUCCACUCGAACCGGUGGAUGAACUUCAACUGGAUAAUGGAUUAACGCAUCAGACAGAUAGCUAGCAAAACGCACAGUAUACUAUGAACUCCAGAUGUCAAUGUAUUGGAAGAAAACACCCACCCACCCACGACGGAAUGACUCACAGUUUAAAGUAGUUGAAUAAGCGAGCGCCGGUGCGGACGGGGAGAUUCUGCGUGGGGUAUUUGACUCGUUUCUGGUACUUAAAGCUCUCCCAACUGUGGCUUUUAUGGGGAAGAGAAGCGCUGAGCUCGAGCCGCCACACGGACUGACAGUUGCUGCGCGAGGCGCUGGUGCCAGAUAUGGAUAGCGCGCGGGAUACCUUUGGACGCUGGUGCGCAUCUUCAUAAAGUGCGACACUUCGAGACCGACGAGGCCUAAAACUUCAUUUGUCCUGAGUCAAAGGUGCUGACAAACGGAGGACGAGGGGGGCACAAGCGCUUAUUCCAAACCAACAGACUAAUUUAUAGAGAAUAGUUUGAGAAAAGUAUCCAAAGUACUUUUACAAUCCUUCACAGGAAGCUUUGAAGUAGAGAAGAUGCGUCAAGAGGUCGCGGGGAGAUUUCAGAUGCUGCUUGUGCUUUGGUCCAUACUUCUCCUUGGUUUGGGGACGGGGUUUCCUACCAGACACAAGAAUGUAGCCCACAAGGCUCAUGGGCACCCUGUUCAUAGCAGUGGGGUCCAGUAUGUCCCUGAGACUUUGGAGCAGCAGAACCAGGUGCAGAGUCUGCUGCCUGAACCACACAGCCACCAGAGGAGGUGGUCACACCCCCAGCACAGAUCCAUUGGUGUUCUUCCACAGCCGGAGCCUGAGGAGGAGACUAAACCUUUCAUCCUGGAUCUCAAGAACUUUCCAGACCUGGCCAACGCUGACAUUAACUCGCAGAACCCCAACAUACAGGUAACCAUUGAGGUAGUGGACGACCCUCAGAUGGAGGUCGAGAUGGACCUGGCCAAGGAAAAAGACUGGCUGCCCUCCUCGUCCUCCUCCCCAUCCUCCACAGUAGACUGGCUCGGAGGCAAGAAGCUUUUCUGGCCUCUUUUCUGGAGUUACACCGAUGCCGACUCCGGUGAGGAAAGCAACAGCCGUUCAGGCGUAGAGGAAACUGGCGAGGAAGAGGAGGAGGAAGAUUACUCUCUGGAUUAUGGCAGCGAGGAGCCCCUACCCAGUGGAGUGGGCGGAGAUUGGGAUACUCGAUGGAACGAAGGCUGGGAUCCAAUGCAGAGCUACUAUGAGAAGGAGAUGGAUGAGUGGACUCCUUGGUCUCCAUGCUCAGUGACAUGUGGACACGGUGAGAGGAAGAGGACCAAGUCUUGUGGCUAUUCUUGCACUCUGACAGAAGCCUCUAAGUGUGACCUGGAGGCUUGUCCUGGUGAUGUCAACACUGUGGUAGAACCUUUCCCUUUCGAGAUGGAGAAUGGCACAGAGCCAUUUGGGACAGAUGUGGACAGCUGUGAGAAGUGGCUCAACUGUAAGAGUGAGUUCCUCCAGAGAUACCUCCAUCAGGUGUUGUCUGAGCUGCCCAGCUGCCCCUGCUCCUACCCCUCUGAAAUGGCAUACACCGUGGUCAGUGUCUACGAUGAGACUCAUGGCCGGCAGUUCCGCUGGCAUGAUGCAAGUGGUUCCAAGGAACGCCUGGACAUCUACAAGCCAUCAGCACAUAGCUGCAUCCGCUCAGCACUUUCUGGUGACUCAUCUACCCUUGCAGCGCAGCACUGUUGUUAUGAUGAUCGUGGGCGGCUGAUCACAAGGGGGAAAGGCGCAGGCACGCCUAACCUGAUCAGCACUGAGUUCUCACCUGAGCUGCAUUUCAAAGUGGAUGUGCUGCCUUGGAUCCUGUGCAAAGGAGAUUGGAGUCGCUUCCAUGCGGUGAGGCCACCCAACAAUGGGCUGAGCUGCCCAGAAAACCCCCACGAAGACGUGUUCAUGAAUGAACUGGAAGAAGCCAGGGAGUACUGAGGGACCACAGCCAAAAGUACCACUUCACUCAGACAGUCAGAGGGCCCAAUCCUAAUUUGAGAGGAGACUGCCUAGACUACCUUAAAAGUCAUGAAAUAUUACAUCUAAACCAUGCAUCAGCCAUUAAUCAUGUAUUGAUGACUCAGAGGAAAUGCUCAUUUGUGAUUGGCAGAUUUGUGGGGUUUAGAAUUGAUGGUGAAGUGUGGUUGUCUCAAGUUAGGAUUUGGCACAGUGUCCUGACAACAGGCUCAACUGAACUGAACUGAAUUACAUGAAUGGAAAAAAAAUGCAGUGUUCUCCCAUUGCUUGCCAACCUGUUACACAUCUGGCAUGACAUCAAGCUCUCUCUCUUUAUAUUCAGUACUCACCUGGGUGCGUGUAAGCAUGAUGUCUACCUACUGGCUUUUUUGAUGGUGUCCUGGAGCGCUUGUGAUUACCAAUAGCAACGUAUGGUAAACAUCCUGAUCAUGCUUCUUGUAGGUUUUACAUUAGGAAUUGUAUGUAUAUGGGCUGUAUUGAGGAAACAAACACGUGAGUCCAACAGAUAAUUAUCCCAACUAUGCUGCUACAAUAUAAUAUUCUUCAGGUUCAAAAGGUAUGAAGGGGACGAGACAUUAGUAGACCCAAAAGAUGCCACAUGCAAUCACAGUAAUGUACAUUUCAGCCAGUCUUUUGGGACAAAAAAUUGGUAAUAAUGAAAUACUUUGGGAUGUGGACCAGAGGUAAGCUGAAAUGAUUUGAAACAUUUUGUUGUCAUUAUGGAGCUUACUAGUGAGGAUUAAGAGAAUAGCCUUUAGGCAGUAAUGAUACAGCGCAUUUGAUUUCAAAUGUUUUGUCACACAGAUUAAUUUCAUGUGUUUCCUCACAUUUUCACAGCCAGGAAAAUAUAUGAUCUGGGUGCCAAAGAGUUAAAAAAUCAGACUGUUGGUGCCUGUGUAAAUCCAGCCUCCUAAGUCUCUAUGGUGCAAAUGUUCAGUUCUACAGUGAGUAGAUUGUGCUCAUAGAUGUGUCUCUAUAAUGUUCUCAGGGGGACUAACUGACCAUGAUAAACAAAUUUGUUCAUUUACCUCGACAGCGGAGCACUAUUGGACCUUGUACAAAGUGUAUUGGGGUAAAGAUUUAAAGAUUAAUAGGAGGGUAUCGUGUGUGUAAUCCAGAUUGGAAAUGGUGAAGAGAUAAUGCUUUUGUGCAGUUUUUGAAAGCAAUUGGAACCCUCAUAACUGAACUGUUGUUGAUGCAUUGUGUGCAGUAGAAAGAUGUCAUUGCUGUUUAAGCUGUUGGCUUAGGGUCUUUGGGUUUAUGUACAGAACUUGAUUGGAUAGAAAGGACGUUCGCACUCAAAUAAACAUUCCUGAUUGGUCAUGUAGUUAGUGCUACUCUCUUGACUGACAGAAUAUUGGUAAAGGAGUCGUAAUCACCUUUAGAAAAUAUUUCAGUCUUUCACCAUUAGAUGUAGUACAAAGGAUUGAAAAGGCUGAUGAUUAACCAUAAUAAUAAUAGUUUCAGCACUGUAGCAGUAGUUGUGUUAAAACUCUGCACUUCACUCAAUAAACUGUCAGUGGCAGAAAUUUUAAACCUACUCUGAGCUACAUUAAAACUGCAGGAAUGGCCCUUUCUAUCCAGUCAGAUUUCAUGGAUGUUUGCUCCAAAAUUCAGGAAUUCUGCUUCCAAAUGUGGAUAUGCAGCAUGCAUUUACAUUUUGGAAUCACCAAUUUUUAAAGGAAGGCACUUUAUUUAGAGUAUACUCUAUAUAUAAACAAUAGUGUUAUUGUGAAGGGAAACUCGCCAGAGAUGCUGCAUUGUUCUAUGAAAGUGCAUAUAUCAAGUGUUCUGUUGAGAAAAGCAUGAUCUUUUUGUGAUUUCUGAAUCUAGUAUUACAUAUAUGGUGUUGUACAGUAUUUAUUUGUCUGUUCUCUUUUUUUAAAGUUUGCUGAAGCUUUGAAAUGACUCUAUACUCAACACGGUGCACUAAUCGGACUGAAAAAUGAAGGCACCCAUUAUCAAAAGGGAAACCACUUGCCUCAUAUCACUUCAUACAGCAACAUUCAAGUGUGUGUUUCAUUUUACGUUGUACUGCAGUGCUCUAUGAAAGUGUUGUUGCAAUUAUGCUGACGAAAUAUAUAUAAAGACCUUGCAUUCAUCA